UUCUUCCACGCCUACUAAACGAGCCAGGGGGCACAGUUGCGGAUUUGAUGUGCUAGCGGUAUCGUUGGACGGGGGUUGCCGAACUUGCUUAUGCAUAUUAUUGGUGGUUUCAACGAUGCCGCCAGGAGGCUAUUGUCUGCUUCCUAGGGUCACGCCUGCCCUCAGUGCUCCCCCCUCGGGGGAUGCAGGUCUGCAGUCGGGCAGUCAACAUCCUCACGGAGGAGGAGCUUGGCGACCUGGCGGCCGUGUCAGACAAUGUGUUGCCCUGGCGUCUCAGGCGUCGCGAUGGCCGCGCGCAGCUUGAUCAACACGGACAGCCAGCUGCAAUGGCCGCGCCCCCCGCGAGGUCCCUGCGAGGGCGCGAGGCGACCAUGGCCCUCAGCCGCGGCGAGGUCGCGGAGCCGGUCUACGGCAGCGGCCAGGCCAGCGACAUGAUCGACGGCCUGGAGCUGCUCGCCUCGAAGGAGGAGCGGCGGAGGUCAUCGGACGACGCUCGCGGCGCCAAGGCGAAGGACACUCAGCAGGCCGAGGAGGCCGCGAAGCAGAUGAUGUCCGAGCGGGUGAUCGGCUCCAGCGAGUUCAAGGAGCUGAGGACUGAAGAUGAGGCUGCAGAAGUCCGUGCAGAUGCAGCUGGGAAACGGAAGGCGGAGGAGAUUAGCUCUUCCUCCGACGGCUCGGAUGGCUCCGACUCAGAGGAGGACCCCUCAUCCGAGGCCUCCGACGGCGAGCAGGGCAUGCCCGGGCGCCUGCCAGACGGCGUCUCUGGCGACCUUCUGAAGGCUGCCGAGCGGAAGACCCGUGGCAAGAAGGCGAGGCAAGAUAGGAGAUCAAGGAGGGCCGCACCGACUUCAAGGAGAAGCUCCUGGAUAAGCGAAAGGCGCGGAAGGGGGGGAGCACCAACAAGGAGAAGAAGCGCAACAAGCCGCAGUUGAUGAUGAUAAAGAGUCGCCAAGUGCAGACAAAAAAGGCGCAGACUGCCAAGCAGAAGCUGGGCAACCUGCGGAAACACAUCAGUUCGUUGAAGAAGAAUGCCAACCACCAGAAGAGGCGACGCUGAUAAGAUGGCACGUUGUCGUGCUACUCCCCCCGCGGGCCGCAUCCACCGAGCUGUGGACGGCCGCCUGCGCCGUGGGGACAACAUGUGCGCUCGCGAU